CCCUGCUCGCCUCCUGCGGCGUGAUGUCUCCGGCCGGGCGGGGAGCCGUCCGGCCGGCGCAGGCCCGGGCCUUCAGGAGGCGGAGAGGCCUGCGGAAGGUCCAGCGGGAGGACGGGGACGAGGCCGCGCACAGGCCACAGACGCACAACCGCGCGGGCCAGGAGCUGUUCCGCCAGCUGUUCCGGCAGCUGCGCUACCACGAGUCGGCCGGGCCCGCGGAGACGCUGAGCCGCCUGCGGGAGCUGUGCCGCUGGUGGCUGCGGCCCGACGCGCUGUCCAAGGCGCAGAUCCUGGAGCUGCUGGUGCUGGAGCAGUUCCUCAGCAUCCUGCCCGCCGAGCUCCGCGCCUGGGUGCAGCUGCACCGGCCCGGCAGUGGCGAGGAGGCCGCGGCGCUGCUGGAGGAGCUGCACGGGGACCUCGCCGGCCUGUCAACGCCGCCGCCCAGGCAGGAAGUGCCAGCCCCUGCCCAGAGCGCAGAUGUGCAUCGGAUGGGUACGGACGCCCUGCAGGCCACAGGGCCACAGUCCCCCACUUCGUCGCCCAGGAGUGGCUCUGCUCUGCGGGGCCGCCCGGAGCCCCCCUGCGCCUCGGGACCGCAUGACUUCCUGGCUGGGCCUCCCGAUGCUUCUGCUGCUCAGGCGCCUGCCCUUUCCCAGAGAGAGAGGGGCCUAGGAGGGGAGCCAGCAGCGCAGCCUCAGGAGGCGGUGACUUUCAAGGACGUGGAGGUGACCUUUUCCCAGGAUGAGUGGCGAUGGCUCUGCCCCGCUCAGCGGAACCUGUACCGGGACGUGAUGCUGGAGAACCACAGGAACGUGGCUUCUCUGGCGGGGCCGUCCAGCAAGCCUGCCCUGAUCUCCUGGCUGGAGGCGCAGGACCCCUGGGCCCUGAGUGUCCAGGGGGCUCAGCCCACGAGGAAACCAGGAGCUGCCCCUGCAGGCUGUGAGCUCUGGAUUAAAAGAAAUAAGCCCGUCUUAAGAAACAAACCUUCAGAAGAAGCAGAAACCCCAGUGAUGCCAUCUGGAUGUCAUACGGUGACUACUGCUGAGGGGACAUUGUUCAGAGAGUCUGUUGACCGGAAGAGCAGGUCACAGGAGCAGCAUGGACCCACACUGGUGAAGAGCGAGGAAGAAGAGACCAGUGUCAGCCAUGGGGCUGCGAGAGGGUCUGAAGAGCCGGGGAGAAGCAGUGCGUCAAAGCACAUCCUAUACUUCAGAGUUCCCAGGAGAAAGCUGUCCUACAGACACGGCCAUGGGAGGCACUUCAGAGGGGGUUCCUGCAAGGAGUUCGGGAAGGGCGUCGGACACAUCGUGGGCACGUUUAGCCUCUACCAGAGGAUCCUCAGUUACAACACGACGGACGCGUGUGAGAAGAGCCUGCGCCUUGGCUCUCCCCACCCACAUGAGGACAGUCUCCACACGAGGUCAGGAUAUAAGUGCAGUGACUGUGGCAGGGCCUUCAGCUGCAGUUCUUACCUCGAGUGUCACCAGAGGCUUCACACACAGGAGAAACCGUUCAAGUGCAGGGUGUGUGGCAAAGCUUUCCGCUGGAGCUCCAACUGUAUCCGGCAUGAGAAAAUCCACAGCGGGGUGAAGCCCCACAAGUGCGGUUUGUGUGACAAGGCUUUCCAGCGCAUGUCUGCCUACCGCCUGCACCAGGAGACCCACGCCAAGCAGAGCGCUGCACACGCUGGUCAGUGUGAAGGGGCCCUCGCCUGUGACUCCGGCUUUGCUCAUCCCUUGAGAGACCAAACUGGAGGAAAAGUCUUCGACUGCAGCCAGUGCAGGAAGUCCUUUCACUGUAAGUCGUAUGUUCUGGAGCAUCAGAGGAUUCACACCCAGGAGAAACCCUAUAAGUGCAGCAAAUGCAGGAAGACCUUUAGGUGGAGGUCGAACUUCACUCGCCAUGUACGGAUUUACCAUGAGGACAAGUUCUGUGGCCAAGACGGCAGCACAGAGGCCGGCGGCCAGACCUCAGCCUGCACUCAGCCCCAGGAUGGCCCCACUGUGGAAGAAGCUUUUCUCUGUCAGCUGUGUGGUGAGACUUUUCCCCAGAAGGAAUCUCUCCUCGCUCACCAGAAGACUCACACACAUGGGAGACGGUUCCGAUGCAGUGACUGUGCAAAAGAGUUUACCCACAGGUCAGCUCUGAUUUUUCACAAGCAGCAGCAUGACACCAAGAGAAAUCUUGAGGAGGGACCGUCUCUUAGUGAGGACAGAGCCUUUCAGGUUCCUCAGAGCGAUCCCGCCACAGAAAAACCCUACACGUGUGGCCUAUGUGGCAAAGUCUUCCGCAAUCACUCGUUUCUCCUGAUUCACCAGAGGAUUCACACCAGAGAGAGGCCUUACAAGUGCAGGGAGUGUGGGAAGGCUUUCAGGUGGAGCUCCAACCUCUCCCGACACCAGAGGGUUCACUCUCUGAAGAAGAGGCAGUACGAGUGCCGUGAGAGCCACAGCGCCCCAAACCCGCAGCCACAGAACCUCCCCGACAAGAAACGCUUUUGGUGCCAGGAAUGCGGGAAGUCCUUCACGCGCAAGCGAUCCCUCCUGGAUCAUAACGGGAUACACAGCGGGGAGAAGCGCUACAAAUGUGACCAGUGCGGGAAGUCUUUCGAUAGAAAAUACCGCCUUGUUAACCACCAGAGGAUCCACACGCAAGAGAGACCUUUUAAGUGUCAGUGGUGCGGGAAGGACUUCAUCGGGAGACAUACCCUGAACAUACACGAGAAGAAGCACUUCAGGGCGCAGUCUGAACGCAGCCUGGCCGAGUCGCCUUCCUCUCAGGACCCGGGGGCGAGCGCGGGGGCGUCGGGCGCCAGUGGAGAGAAGCCCCCCGAGGGCUGCGAGGAAGCCCGUGCCCGGAGCCACAAGCUCAGGGGCCUGCAGGGCGCGCCCCUCGGGAAGAAGUGCCACAGGUGCAGCACGUGCGGGAAGACGUUCAAGAAGAGGUCGCACCUGCUCAGCCACAGGAGGUUCCACACUGGAGAGAGGCCCUUCAAGUGCCGAGACUGUGGGAAGACCUUCGGGUGGUCUUCCAACCUGACGCGGCACAUGAAGAACCACCUCUGAAGGCGCUAGGGGAGAAGGGCGCCCGGCCGCGCUGCUGUGAGGGCCAGGGCCA